ACUGACACAACUACAUUUUCGGAAAGUGUAUUUAUAACAGGAUAAAGUGAAGCUAGGAAUCACUUAACUCUUUUAGGAAGGUUCUGAAAACCCGAUCUGGAGCUUGAAAGACUUGAACUCGAUGUUAUCAUUAAAUGUUUUUAUUUUCGGAAACUAGGUCAACCGUGCGAUUUCUUAUUCAGGCACCUUAUGUUUUAAAGCUUUUAUCAAGUGAGGGUUAAGAUAUCGUAACAAAAUGGUUAAAAUUUGUAUCUGUAAUACACCGUGGACGCUAACCAGCUUCUGUAUGGUGUUUUUAUUGUAUAGUUUUACAUCAAUAUUUGUGUGCACGCUGUCCUCUGGAUUACUUCUCCUGUGGUUGUUUUUGCUUUUAACUAAUAACCAGCAUGGCAAACUUUGUUUAAGAGAAGGAAUUAUCGGUUCUUGUUUGAAUGCUGCGCUUGCGCUUGCGUUUGGCUCGAUUGCAACAGGUUUACAGUAUGGAUACACUACUACAGCAUGUUAUUUCAACGAGUGCUGUGAUUAUAACUGGAUAUCACCGAAUAUCACUGGUCUGGCUUUGCAACUGAAUAAGAAACUGUAUGGUCAGCAUCUUGUUAUUGGUCCUGUUGUGAAACACCUAAGGGAACAUGUUGAAGGUCACCCGCAAAAAGCAACAGUGUUGUUGCUACACGGACUUCCGGGAACGGGGAAAAACUUCUUGAGUAGAAUGGUGGCAGAAAAUCUGUAUGUUAAAGGAAUGGACAGCAAAUACGUUCACAUUCUGUCAGCAACAACGGACUUUCCUCAUGAACAUAUGCUUCGAGAAUACAAAGAAAAGCUAAAACUAGAGAUUGAAACAGCGGGUAAAGAGUGCCCUAGAUCUUUAUUCAUUGUCGAUGAAAUGGACAAGUUAAUUCCAGGUUUAAUUGACAUGAUCCGUCCCUACAUUGACUAUUAUGAUAACGUUGAUGGAACAGAUUACAGACAAUUAUUGUUUUUCCUUUUGAGGUACGUACAUGUGAUAUAAAACUUUUUCAUGAUUUAUCUUUUAAUCUAUUUUGCAAAAUCAUUUAGUACUUUAUCUGUCUGUUUCUAGAUGUAACUCAAUCAUGAUACCAUAUAUUUUUAAGCGUCAGAAGUACCAGUGUAGAAGUCGUAAAAAUUAAUUGUUGUAGCAUUAACAGAUAUGUGGUACUGAUUGCAUAAAGGGAAACAGAAGAAGCAAACAUUACAAUAUCUUCAAUAAAAAAGUGGCUUAUACCCAAUUAUAUACCCUUUUACUGUAAUCGCUUUAUGGCAUUGAGUAGAAAUAGUUCUAGUAGCAGUGGCAGUAGCAGUUGCAAUGUGUAGCAGUUGAAUUAGCUUAAAUUGACAUAAUAAGAGAACAUGUAGCAGUUAAAAUAACAGAAUUAGAGAAUGUUAAGCAGUUGUAAUAGCAGAAUAAGAGAAUGCGUAGCAGUCGCAAUAGCAGAAUUAGAGAAUGUGUAGCAGUCGCAAUAGCAGAAUUAGAGAUUGUAUACAGUUGUA